AUGGAAAACCAACCAUUUAUGAGUCACAACAGAUCCUACGGUUUGGCCAACCCCGGCUAUGUCGCAACACCAGAGACAGCUUCAGCAAUGUUUGCCCCACCCACCCCAGACCCAGGUCCCAGCGCGCCUCCAGCCAGUAUGUUUGACAGUAUGCCUGGUUAUGAAGGGACCACACCUGGAGAUGGAGGUGGAUUUCUGCCACCUCCAAUGCCUACCAGUCCUGUACAACCACCACAACCUGGACCAGAGCAGCCACACUGGAACAUACCGUCAAUAAGUGAAGACACAGCCCGUGAUGCUUUUAUACUGUUUGCGUCGAGUAAGUGCUGUUACAGUAAAUCCCCCGCUAAGGACGGAAUCAUCACGAACAUGGAGGCCUUCAAUACAUACAGAUACAAAUUGGAAACUUUUACUGAAUCAAGAUCUACACACUGGGCACAUGAGCCAUAUCAUGGGCAGCCAGUCGAUGCCUAUGCUCAAUCACCACCAGGACCUUGGGCCAUUGCCGCUCAAGCCCCAAGCUUUUUUCAGGAUUCCAAACAGGUUAUCAAGGUUCCAUACACAUCAUCUAUGAAGCCAUGCCAUGGGUGUAUGGGAAUGGGACGAAAACCUUGCACUCAGUGUGCAGGUUGUGGCAGCAAAGUUUGUUGGGUCUGCAAUGGAAGUGGUUUUCGGCAUGGAAAUGAUCGAUGUCAUACCUGCAAUGGACGAGGACGGGACAAUUGUCACCACUGUAACGGUAAUGGAUCGUCAAACUGUACAACGUGCCAUGGGAAACAACAACUUCUGGUUUACAUCAACCUCAAAAUAAAAUGGACAAACAAUUGCAAUGAUUAUGUUGUAGAGCAGUCAAGUGGACUUCAGAUUUCCAACUUGAGCAAAGUGACUGGCAAGGAGCUUUUCCGAGACUCCCAAUACUUGGUGUACCCUGUGAUGGGGUUUCCUGAUGCGUCCGUGGUGAACGCGGCACAGCGCCUCGUUGGAGAGCAUGUAAGCAGGUUCUCCCAAACAUCACGCAUUCUUCAACAACGACAGAGUGUAGAGCUCAUUCCUGUGACCAAGGUGACCUACUCCUGGAAAGGAAAAUCAAACCACUACUUUGUAUAUGGAAAUGAGUUUAAAGUUCACACAGAUGACUAUCCUGCUACUUGUUGCUGUUCUGUCAUAGGGAGAGCACUGCACAUAGGUUGUGCCAUGGCCACAGCAUCUGCCACUGUGGACUCCAAGGCAGAGUUGACUGCACUGUUGGAACAAUGGGAAAAGGAACAACAGGGUGCUACUCAAGAACUGGUCCACAUACUGACCAAGAUCUCAGAGCUUGUGGAGAAAGAAACAGAAGAAUACCACAAAGCAGAUCCAGACCCAUUUGAUGAUCGUCAUCCUGGGAGAGCUGAUCCAGAAUGUGUGUUGGGGCACUUACUGAAAAUAUUGUUCAAGAAUGAUGACUUUAUGAACACUUUGGUGAAUAGUUAUGUGAUGAACAGCAGAGAGUUUUCCCUAAAUACUGCAGCUUGUCGCUUACUUCAAAACAUCAUGCCUGGGUUAGAAACUGCAGUGGUCUUUCAAGAAAAGGAGGGGAUAGUUGAAAAGCUUUGCAAAUGGGCUCAAGAGGCAGAGCAACCACUGCGAAUUUAUGCCACAGGUUUGUUGGCAGGUGCAAUGGAGAAUCAAGAUAUUGCUGCCAAUUACAGGGAGGAGAACUCUGUCUUGGUGCCUUUGAUGCUACAUCGUUUGCGAGAACUUCUGGAUAAAACCAUCGAGAGCAAACGUCCCAGUCCGAGAAAGAGCUUGACUCAAUCUUUACUGCCUCUAGAUGAGGAGGCCGUGGAUGGAAGCUUUGAGGACAAACCUUUCACACCAGUCAGAAAUGGAGCUGAAAAGGAUCUUAAAAACCCAGGCCCAGACGAUCCGGAGAGAUCCUUCAGUGAGCUGUCAAACAGCAGCUGGUCAGAGAUGAGCCCCUGGGUCAUUGGCAACAACUAUCAUCUUUACCCUUUGACUCCAGAGAUUGAACAGAGAUUAAUUCUUCAGUAUUUAACGCCUUUGGGAGAAUAUCAAGAGCUUCUUGCCGUGUUCAUGCAGAUGGGAGCUCGGGAACUUCUCAUGCAUUAUAUGGAUCUAAAGCAGACAAAUGAUGUACAGCUAACCUUUGAGGCCCUAAAGUAUCUUGCUUCAUUGUUACUUCACAAAAAAUUUGCUGCUGAGUUUGUGGCACAUGGGGGAGUUCAGAAAUUGCUGGAGAUUCCCAAACCGUCGAUGGCUGCGACUGGAGUGUCUCUAUGCCUGUAUUAUCUUGCCUAUAAUCAAGAUGCGAUGGAACGAGUGUGCAUGUUGCCAAACUCUGUCCUGUCAGAUAUGGUCGGCUACACACUGUGGCUGCUGGAGUGCUCACAUGCGUCCGGCUGCUGUCAUGCUACCAUGUUUUUCUCUAUAUCCUUUUCUUUCCGGGCUGUCCUUGAGCUGUUUGACAAGCAGGAUGGACUCAGGCGCCUUGUAAACUUGAUCAGCACAUUGGAGAUCUUGAAUCUUGAGGACCAAGGAGCUCUGCUGAGUGAUGAUCAGAUUUUCUCCAGCAGGCAGACAGCCAAGCACACCUGCAUGGCUCUGCGCAGGUACUUUGAGGCCCAUCUGGCCAUCAAAGUCGAACAGGUGAAGCAAUCAUUGCAACGCACAGAGGGAGGUGCCCCCAUUCACUGCCCACCAUAUUACAAGGCUGUGAGCUACAGUCGCGAGCAGGUGGUGGAGAUGAUGGAGUUUCUAACAGAGUACAGUCCACUCAGACUGUACUGGGAACCUGCUGAGGUUUUUCACAAACUAUCCUGUGUCCAGCUCCUUCUGCAGCUCAUCUCUAUUGCCUGUGAUUGGAGAACAUACUAUGGCAGGAGUGACACGGUUCGCUACGCACUAGACCUCCUCAGUAUCCUCACAGUUGUACCAAAGACUCAGCUGCUGUUGUCUGAACCUGUAGCUGUGCUUGACGAGGCCGGUUCAACUUCCACCAUUGGAAUGAGCAUUGUCCUGGAAGUGGCAGAAGGAGAGAUUUUUGUCAACGACGCUGAGAUCCAGAAGUCUGCUCUCCAGGUCAUCAUCAACUGCGUAUGUGCUCCAGACAAACGCGUGUCCAGCAUUGGAAAGUUCAUCUCUGGAACUCCUCGUCGCCGUCUGCCACAGCAAAGCAAGGCCAGCGAGAGCGUGCUCGCAAAGAUGUGGAACGUGGUGCAGUCCAACAAUGGCAUCAAGGUGCUGUUGUCUCUGCUGAUGGUGAAGAUGCCUAUAACAGACGCUGAUCAGAUUCGUGCCUUGGCCUGCAAGGCUCUGGUGGGCCUGUCUCGUUCAACUACCGUCCGGCAGAUCAUUAGCAAGUUGCCUCUGUUCAGCAGCGGACACAUCCAGCAGCUCAUGAAGGAGCCGGUUCUCCAGGACAAACGCAGCGAGCACGUCAAGUUCUGUAAAUACGCCGCGGAGCUCAUCGAGAGGAUUUCCGGAAAACCUCUCCUCAUCGGAACGGACGUCUCCCUGGCGUGGCUGCAGCGAGCCAGUGUUGUGGCUCAGUCCAGAAUCUCGUUCCCAGAGAAGGAGCUCCUGUUACUCAUCAGAAACCAUCUUGUGGCCAAAGGUUUGAGUGAUGCAGCUGCCACACUGAGCAAAGAGGCAGAUCUCCCAAUGGUUUGCGUUUCCCAUUCCUCGCAUACAAACCCUGCGUUCCCAUGUGUCCCUGUUGCUCCCUCCACCUCCUCCCCUGUCACCACAUUACCCAGGACCCCGCGGUUGGCAAAUGGCGUUGGGUCAAGAUUGACCAACCACGCCUCCACCCCUGGAUCCAGUCAUUCCCAACCUCGGACUAGCACUGUAGCCCAGCCCACACCUUCUGCUUCCACCUUUCCCCAAACAAACGCUCAUCAAUGCACUAACGGCUCCCCAGUCAUCGGCCGCAUUUGUUUCUCUCGUGAGCGACAAACCAUAAGCUGCGGGAGUAUAGGCUGCAAGAAACCGCGUGGGCUCAGACAAAAGUCUGACCAUGGCGCCUUCAGUCAAAGCCCAGCAAUGAAAAAACAAUUCGACAGACAUUUGCCCUCCCCUCCUGCGUUGGACAGUAUUAUCACAGAGUAUUUGAGAGAGCAGCAUGCACGAUGUAAAAACCCUGUUGCCACCUGCCCCCCCUUCUCGCUCUUUACCCCACACCAGUGUCCUGAGCCCAAACAGAGGCGGCAAGCACCCAUCAACUUCACUUCUCGCCACACGAGGAGGGUCAUCUAUCCCAAGUACGGAGGAGUGGACGGAGGAUGUUUCGACAGACAUCUCAUCUUUAGCAGAUUUCGUCCCAUCUCGGUGUUCAGAGAAGCGGACGAGGACGAGAGCGGCUUCAUGUGCUGUGCCUUUUCGGCUCGAGAGCGGUUCCUGAUGCUCGGGACGUGCACCGGACACCUCAAACUCUACAACGUGUUCACGGGACAAGAGGAGGCCAGCUACAGCUGCCACAGCUCCGCCAUCACACACCUGGAACCUUCACGGGAUGGUUCACUGCUUUUAACAUCUGCCUCUUGGAGUUAUCCUCUGUCUGCGCUGUGGGGGAUGAAGUCUGUGUUCAUUAUGAAGCAUUCGUUUUCAGGAGAUCACUACGUGGAGUUCAGUAAGCUUUCACAAGACCGGGUCAUCGGCACAAAAGAGCACAUGGCAAGAAUCUAUGACAUCCAGACGGGACAGGUGACGCUGACCCUCAAUAAUCCCGAUCUGGCAAACAACUACAAGAGGAACUGUGCGACUUUCAACCCCACGGACGACCUGGUGCUGAACGACGGCGUGCUCUGGGACGUCCGCUCGGCUCAGGCCAUUCACAAGUUCGACAAGUUUAACAUGAACAUCAGCGGAGUGUUUCAUCCCAACGGACUGGAGGUCAUCGUCAACACGGAGAUCUGGGAUCUAAGAACCUUCCACCUCCUGCACACUGUUCCUGCCCUGGACCAAUGCAGAAUAGUCUUCAACAAUAACGGGACCGUCAUCUAUGGAGCCAUGUUGCAGGCAGACGACGAGGACGACAUGAUGGAGAUGCAGAUGAAGUCACCGUUUGGCUCCUCGUUCAGAACCUUCAACGCUACAGACUACAAACCAAUAGCAACAAUUGACGUGAAGAGGAAUAUUUUCGACCUUUGCACCGAUACAAAAGAUUGCUAUCUGGCAGUGAUUGAGAAUCAAGAUUCAGUCAACACGGACACGGUCUGCCGCCUUUAUGAAGUUGGACGUCAGCGAUUAGCAGAGGAAGAGGAGGAUGAGGAAGAUCAGGACGACGAGGACCAGGACGAUGAUGACGAUGACGAUGAAGACUCUGACGAUGACGUGGACACGGACCCUCUGAUGGCGGAGCUGGAGGAGAACGACCAGGACGGAGUGGAGGACGAGGACGGAGCCGCAGAGUUCUCUCCCUCCGACGACGACGCGGAGCAGCUCCUGGAUGAAGACGCCGACAACGUGGGCGACGACGAAGACAAUAACGAUGACGAUGAUGACGAUGACGACUCGGACAACGAUGACGUGGAUUUGGACGGAGACAAUGACAGCUCUGACAACUCUGACCUUGAGGACGACAUCAUCCUCUCUCUGAACGAGUGA